GUUUGUUUACAACCGGCGGUUUUAGAUGUUACACCCAAGACGCUUCCCCUGAAACAAGCGAACUCAUUCAAGGGUCUUUGGCUGGAGGUCCAAGGAGUGAUUUACAAGCAUAUCUUCUCUUUCUGCAGGUCCUGUGUUUAAAGAUUGAAAGAUGUUUUUGACAAGAUCAGAAUAUGACAGAGGUGUAAACACAUUCUCUCCUGAAGGAAGAUUGUUCCAGGUUGAAUAUGCCAUAGAGGCUAUAAAGUUGGGCUCCACAGCCAUUGGUAUCCAGACCUCAGAGGGGGUGUGUCUGGCAGUGGAGAAGAGGAUCACCUCUCCACUGAUGGAGCCGAACAGCAUUGAAAAGAUUGUGGAGAUCGACAGUCACAUCGGUUGCGCCAUGAGUGGCUUGAUAGCUGAUGCCAAGACUCUUAUUGACAAAGCAAGAGUGGAAACACAGAACCACUGGUUCACCUACAAUGAGACCAUGACAGUGGAGAGCGUGACUCAGGCUGUGUCCAACCUGGCACUGCAGUUCGGAGAGGAAGAUGCUGAUCCCGGUGCCAUGAGUCGACCAUUUGGUGUGGCACUUCUGUUUGGAGGAGUUGAUGAAAAAGGACCUCAAUUGUACCACAUGGACCCAUCAGGAACUUUUGUGCAGUGUGACGCUCGGGCCAUCGGCUCAGCAUCUGAGGGAGCGCAGAGCUCUCUGCAAGAGGUCUACCACAAGUCCAUGACAUUAAAAGACGCCAUCAAGUCAUCUCUCACCAUCCUAAAGCAGGUGAUGGAGGAGAAGCUCAACGCCACCAACAUCGAGCUGGCGACAGUAGAGCCCGGAAAGACCUUCCACAUGUAUUCCAAAGAGGAGCUGGAGGAUGUAAUCAAGGACAUCUAAAGCAGAAACGAUUUGAAAGUCUUCUGUUGGAGUUCUGGACAAGGAAGAUUCACCUGGGCAGAAUGUCACAACACAACACAACUUUCCAUCAGCACAUUGUCCUCGCUGCAGUCCCAGUUUUUUGGAUUGCAUAAGAGCUGUCUCUUUGUAUUGUGCUAAUUUACUUCUGUGUCUCUCAGUAACUGUACAUCUUUGUACAGGAGUCUGACCAGCACUUACAACUGAGUAGCAGGAAAACGGUAGGG